AUGAGGAAGAAGUUGCUAGAAAAGAUAAUGAACAAUAAGUCGUACAUAGAACCUAUUGAACCAUUACACAAGGAACGCUAUGAAUUUUCCCAGGAGAAUGAUAAAAUUAAUGGGACUGUGGAGUUCACGAAUUUAACGAUUCACGGUCUAUCAAACUAUAGCAUAAAUGAAGUUCAAUUUACCAUCGAGGAACAGACAGGGGCAGGGUUGAAAUACGGACAAUUUGAUAUAUAUAAAUUCAGAUUUGAAACACGUUUUCCGUCCAUUCAAAUAUUCGGUAUCUACAAUAUAAGCGCUACGAUUUUGAAAAUACCUAUGUUAAAAAGAUAUAUAAGAUAUAAGCGCGGAUAUAAGAUGCAAGCGAAUUUUGAGGAUGUCAUAGCCAAUGUAUCCGUAAGAACUACUCAUCGCUGGAAUUAUGUCGAAGAGGAGCAUCAUUACUUGAAUUACGUAAACAUGUCUUUCUUUGACCUAAGAGUUGCCAAGGUCUAUUUGAACGACUUAGACGUUGAUGAUCUUGCAACCUUCACCUUGAAUACCUUUUUGAACAACAACUUGCGGACAAUAUUAGACGAAAUGAUGCCCGAAUUUGAAUUGAACACUUUCCUCUCGAUACAGUUUGGAACAUACCCUACUGAUAUACUGACAUACUGA